AUGGGUAGAUACAGUGUUAAAAGAUACAAAACAAAGAGAAGAACGCGGGACUUGGAUCUUAUCUAUAAUGAUUUGUCCACUCCAGAAUCUAUCAACAAGUUGAAGAACCAACCAUUGGAUGAGUAUAAACCAGGAUUGGGGCAAUAUUAUUGCAUAGAAUGUGCCAAAUAUUUUGAAAAUCAACUAAGUUUGGAUAGGCAUCAAAAAUCCAAGAUUCAUAAGCGAAGAGUUAAACUACUCAAGGAACGGCCAUAUACUCCAUUGGAAGCAGAGGCUGCGGGUGGAGUUAACAUGGAGAAAUUUAUCGAGUCUGUGGAGAAAUACAAGCAACUAGAGCAAUUCAAAGCGGCAAAUAAGGAUAUUUACGAGACAGCAAAUAACCAGAAGAAAGAUAGCUUGGAUGCAUUGAUUACGGGAGUACCAUCUGAAGAAUUCCAGAAGCAGCAGCAACAACAGCAAGAACAACAAGCAACAGGAGGGCUGAAUUCUGUGGGUGAAACUGAGACAGAGGUCAUAAUGGAGGAAUAG